CAGUGUCCUACAUAUUCUAUCGAGGUGAUCCACAAUCGAUCUAGAUUUUUCUACCAUCCAAGUGUGAUAUUUUGAUUUAAAUAAUGAAAGACCGGUUACAUUCCUUGUGCUUGCUUUCUUCGAGUAAGCCCUGAUUCUGCUCUACGCAAUGAUAUAGUCGGUAUUUAUGUAAGUUCUGAUCAAGAUGGUCAGUCGAGUCAUCCACUUUCCACCAGCACAAUUACUGUGUGUAAAUACUAUGGCUUCAUUUCAUUCAUAUCCAUUAUUCACCGUGGUUGUGAAUGCAGACUGAACUUAUAGUCGAUUUCACCAAACCAAACCACUGUUUGAAUACGCACCACUCCAAUGUCCCACUCGGCUGGAGCUGCGACUGAGCUCGAUUCGACGGCAGUGAUCUUAUACCCCCCGCAUCAACAGGUGCAUCAGAGAGUAUGCCAUAUUGGAAGGAUAUGCCGAAAUUCUCUUUGUUGUGUUACAAGGUUGGGAUGUAUAGGACCGUUAUUCGAUGCCGCAACGGCACGCAGUACUACUUGUUCAACUUUGACACGGACAACCUUCACAACUUCACGGAGAGGUAUCCGAUGCUCGAAGCGUUUAUGGAACGGUCAGCGCUUUGGUUUGGAGGGGACGAGCGGAUUUAUUCGCUAAUCCCUUUUGCGGUUAUGGAGAUAAACCCAGGGCUAGUUCCACCCAAAGACUUGGAAGAUGUGUUGAUCCUAGCGAGAACGUCCAGUUAGCCUGUGGAAAUGUCGGACUGAAAAUGUUAUCCUUGCAGCUCGCGUUGAAUAAUUUCGCCGAAGUUAGGGCAUCGAGAAAACAGUG